ACAAUGGAAGAUCUCCAAAGCUUCCUCAUAGUUUGCCUGUCAUGUCUAGUAUCAACCAUCCUGGUCCGAGCCAUACUCACCAAAACUCGGACCACAGCUCGCCUUCCGCCGAGCCCGCCAGCCCUUCCGAUCAUCGGACACCUUCACCUCGUCGAUCGAUUACCCCACCAAGCUUUCCACAAAAUCUCCAACCGCUACGGACCCUUAAUUCAUCUCUUCCUUGGCUCUGUCCCUUGCGUGGUUGUUUCCUCACCCGAAAUGGCGAAAGAGUUCCUUAAGACUCAAGAAACCUCGUUCUUGAACCGGCCUAAUCGGAGUGUUCUGAAUUACCUUUCUUACCCCUGGUCUGAUUUCGUCUUUGCUGAGUUUGGACCUUACUGGAAGUUCAUGAAGAAGCUUUCCAUGUCCAGGCUUCUCGGCGGACAAACACUCGACCAACUCCUUCCGAUAAGGAGCGACGAGCUAAGGCGGCUUCUGAAGCUGAUUCUCGAAAGGGCUAAUGAGAAAGAGGCAGUUGAGGUUGGUGGAGAACUUACAAAGCUGACUAACAAUGUCUUUUCGCGGAUGAUCAUGAGCAAGAGGUGCGCAGAGAACGAUGAGGAGGGCGACGAGAUCAGGAAGGCGGUGAACGAGACGGCGGAGCUCCUUGGCAAGUUCAAUUUUUCGGAUUACAUUUGGUUGUGUAGGAAGCUAGAUUUGCAAGGGUAUUGGAAGAAGAGUAAGGAAAUUCAUGAGAAGUUUGAUAAAAUGAUGGAGAAGAUUAUAGAAGAGCAUCAAGAGGCAAUUACGAAGGUGGAGGAGAAGGGAAAGUAUAAGGAUGUACUUGGUAUUUUGCUUGAAAUAUUGGAAGAUGAGAGCUCAGAGGUCAGAUUGACAAGAGAGAACAUAAAGGCAUUUGUCCUGGAAGUAUUUGUAGCUGGGACAGAUACUUCUGCCAUUACCAUAGAAUGGGCACUGGCAGAGCUAAUGAACCACCCAAAUAUCAUGGCCAAAGCAAGGGAAGAGAUUGAUUCUGUAGUUGGAAAAACCAGACUAGUAGAAGAGUCUGAUAUUGUCAACCUUCCUUACAUCCAAGCCAUAGUAACGGAGACACUGAGGCUUCACCCUGCUGCGCCGUUGCUACCUCGAGAAUCAUCCGAAAAAUGCACGAUUAAUGGCUACGAAAUUCCAGCCAAGACCCAGCUGUAUGUUAAUCUUUGGGCCAUUGGAAGGGAUCCAAAGCAUUGGGAAGACCCACUUGAGUUCAACCCAGAGAGGUUUCUUAGUGAAGAAGGAACUUUAAAGAACCAAUUGGAUGUUAGAGGACAGAAUUUCCAUCUUUUGCCGUUUGGGAGCGGACGAAGAGUAUGCCCCGGGGCGUCCCUCGCGUUGCGUUUUGUUACAACGAGCCUUGCCGCGAUGAUUCAGUGCUUUGAGUGGAAGGUCGACGGGAAAGAUGGACCUGUAAUUGACAUGCAAGAGGGACCUGGGCUCACCCUCCCAAGGGCUCAUCCCUUAAUUUGUGUCCCAAUUUCUAGGCUCUCUCCACUGCCAAUAUUUUAUAGCGCAUUAGAUCAUCUCACUUAA